AUGGAGCAGCAGGUAGCUAGGCUCGUAGAAAAGGCAUGGGACAAGUUCCAGAAGACGCCUGAGGAGAAACGCCUCUUGAUAGGAAUAUCCGGCAUCCCGGGCUCAGGCAAAACGACCCUCUCCCAAAUAGUAACAACCCGCCUCAACGCCCGCGCCUCGACCCUCGACCCCUCAAACCCAACGCGUACAUCCCACCCGCCAGCAGCCUUCGUGCCCAUGGAUGGCUACCACCUCACCCGCGCCCAACUCUCCGCCAUGCCCAACCCAGAAACAGCCCACGCCCGCCGCGGCGCAGCCUUCACAUUUGACGGCCCGGCCUUCCACAAGCUCGUCACGUCCCUCCGAGAACCCCUCAGAGCCGAUGCCUCGCCGAUAUACGCCCCGAGCUUCGACCACGCCGUCAAAGAUCCUAAGGAGAACGAUAUUGCUAUUCAGCCGUACCACCGCAUCGUCGUGUUCGAGGGAAACUACCUGACACUCGACAAGCCGCCGUGGAGCGACGCCGCGAAGCUCAUGGAUGAGCUUUGGUUCGUGGACGUAGAUUUUGAGGUGGCGAGGAAGCGUUUGAUAGGGAGACAUGUCAAGGCAGGUAUUGCCAAGAAUGAGGAGGAAGCUGAUAAGAGGGCAAGGGACAACGAUUUGGUGAAUGGGAAGGAGAUUGUCGACUUCCGCUUAAAGGUCGACGAGGUUGUUCUUAGUCGAGAAGAUGACGAGUGGAAUCACGAAUGA